AUGCUAAGUUUCUCGUGGCACAUAAUUGUAUCUGCUAACGGUUUCAUCCUGAAUCAAUGGACAACACAUUUCGUAAAUCUUAUGCACAUCAUUUCACCUCAUAUGUUUAUUUCAAAGUAUACCUCUUAUAACUUUAACUGUGCGUUUCGAUUCUUCGCAUCAUCAAACCUAUCAAAAUCAAACCCUAAAUAUCUGAUGACACGUUUUAUGCGAGAACGAUUGUAUACUAGUCGACCAACUAUUGUUACUGGUUUAGAAGCAGGUUCAGUCUUUAUCAGUUGGGUUAUCAAGAAAGUAGACCAAGCACACACUUUAGAAAGCCCAUUAACAACAAUGAGCAACAAAGACUAA